AUGAGAGUAUUCAUGAUAGUGGCGCUCGCUACGGCAGUAGUAGCACGACCAGAAGCUGGCUACAACUACCAAUCCCCUGGCUCCACCUACGGUGCUCCAGGCGGAGGCUCUUUCAGCUCAGGUGGACUCUCCAGUAGUUCCUUUGGAAUAGGUGGUGGCUCCUCUGGUGGUUCGUCUGGUGGUGGUUUCUCAUCCGGAGGCUUCAGUAGUGGACACGGAUCAGGAUUCGGUGGAGGAUCAGGCUUUGGAGGCGGAUCUGGAGGAUCCUUUGGAGGAUUCAGUGGAGGCUCAUCUGGUGGAUUUAGUGGUGGCUCAUCCGGUGGAUUCAGCGGUGGCUCCUCAGGAGGUGCCCUCAUCCAGAAACACAUCUACGUCCACGUUCCCCCACCAGAGGCACCAGAAGAACCCCGAUUCAGACCCCAGCUCCAGACCGCCGCUCCCCAGAAACACUACAAGAUCAUCUUCAUCAAGGCCCCAACUCCACCUGCACCAACUGCUCCAGUAAUCCCAGCUCUACAACAAGACGAACAGAAGACUUUGAUCUAUGUCUUGGUUAAGAAACCAGAAGACGCACCUGAAAUCAACUUGCCCACUGCUGCUCCAACUCAACCCAGCAAACCUGAAGUUUACUUCAUCAAGUACAAGACCCAGAAGGAAAGUGGCUCAUCUGGCUCAAUCGGUGGCGGAGUAAGUGGUGGCUCAAUUGGCGGUGGAAUUGGUGGUGGACACGGAGGCUCAAUUGGCGGCGGCCACGGAGGCUCAAUUGGUGGUGGACACGGAGGUUCAAUCGGUGGUGGUGACCACGGAAGCACCGGCUCCAGCGGACCCUCCGCCCCGGGACCAAGCUACGGCACCCCUGGGCAGUCCGGUCCUUACUAG